CGGAAGCCGUAACCACGUGACUACAAAUACCGCGGGUUCGCGGGGUUCACGGCUCAGUCGCGGCGAGCGGUAGCUGCCGAGUUCCUGCUCGUGCGCCCCGUCCUGACAAUCCACACACGGACAACAACAACAACAACGCCGCCGCCUGUGCGACAAACAGAAUCGUGCUAAAGUUUUACGGGUUAGGUGUGCGUUGGGCGGACGGGCGGGCGGGAUUUGUUUUGUUUUUGCUGGGCCGAGUUGCGAGGUCAGGGGCGGCGAUGAACACCCUGUUCCUUUGUGCGUGAAGAAAGAAGAAGGCAGCGGCGCGGCGUUUCGCCCCCCCUCCCCCUCCUCCUCCUCUUCCUAGCCUCGGGUUCCUUGUGUUGUGACCGGGGCGGACCGUCGAGACGGCCGCGAGUGUCGGCCAUGGAGUGCCCGCACCUGUCCGGGGACGCGUGCGCCCGGGUGGAGGGGGCGCGCUUCCCGCACGGCUCCCCCUCCUCGUGGUGCUGCAACGUGUGCCGCUCCAACAAGAGCCCCUGGGUUUGCCUGACCUGCUCCAGUGUUCACUGCGGAAGGUAUGUCAACGGACAUGCCAAGCGGCACUAUGAGGAGGCGCACGCAGGCAGCCGAGACGCUCGCAAAGGAGACAAGGAGACAGAGCCGCAUGCUGUCUGCAUGGACUGCAACAGUUACAGCGCCUUUUGUUACAGAUGUGAUGACUUUGUGGUGAACGACAACAAGCUGGGCUCGGUCCAGCGGCUCCGCGAGCACCUGCAGAGCCUUGAGAAUUCAGAGAGGCUGUUGAAUGACAGGAAUGGCAAACGGAAGUGCACUGAUGCAGGAUCUCCUUCAAAGAAGCACAUGAAACUCAAUGGCACCCUGGUGGGAAGCCUCUCUGCAACAGGACUGCGGAACCUGGGAAACACGUGCUUCAUGAACGCUAUCCUGCAGUCACUCAGUAACAUCCAGCAGUUCUGCUGCUUCUUCAAAGAGUUGCCAGCCGUGGAGUUGCGGAGUGGCAAGACGGCGGGCAGGAGAAUGUACCACACGCGGAGCCAGGGUAUUGACUGCAACAUAUCUCUGGUAGAGGAAUUCAGGAAGACGCUAUGCUCACUGUGGCAGGGCAGUCCAACUGCGUUCUCACCCGACUCCCUUUUCUACGUCGUCUGGAAGGUCAUGCCAAACUUCAGGGGCUAUCAACAGCAGGAUGCCCAUGAGUUCAUGCGUUACCUGCUGGACCACCUGCACAUGGAGUUGCAGUGCGGCGUGGAUCGCGCGGGCCGCUCAUGUCUUGCUCGCCGUGAUGCGGCGGUCACAGAAGACGCACACGCCAUGGGCUGCUCAGGGGAGGCACGCUUACCCCGAUCCUGCCGAAAUGGUGUUGCUACAGUGGUAACGGACAUCUUCGGGGGCAUCCUGCAGAGUGAUGUCAACUGUCUCAUCUGUGGCACGGAGUCAAAGAAAUUUGACCCCUUCCUGGAUUUAUCUCUGGACAUCCCACUCCAAUUUAGGGAGAGGAAAGCCAAGAGCCAAGAACCUGGUCCAGUGUGCACCUUGCCCGACUGCCUGCACAGCUUCACAGCACUGGAGCAGCUGGAUGACUCUGAGCUCUACACAUGCCACAUGUGUAAGAAGAAACAGAAGUCCACUAAAAAGUUUUGGAUCCAGAAACUGCCGGCAGUGCUGUGUUUGCACUUAAAGCGAUUCCACUGGACAGCAUAUAUGCGCAACAAGAUCGAUACGUAUGUGGAGUUUCCUCUGAAGGGUCUGGACGUCAAGUCAUUUUUACUCGAGCAGGAGAAAGGUGAGCCACCAGGCAGCAGCAACAGUAGCAGCCUCUAUGACCUUGCAGCGGUCGUGGUGCAUCACGGAUCGGGGGUUGGCUCGGGACACUACACAGCAUAUGCGGCGCACAAUGGGCUCUGGUUCCACUUCAAUGACAGCACAGUGACCCGAUCAGAGGAGGACACAGUGGCCAGGGCUAAGGCCUACAUCCUCUUCUACACAAAGCGGCAGCGGGAAAAUGGGAAAUAAACCUCAAAUUGUGCGUGCACUACCCUACCUUUAACAAUGUGUGCUCAGACAGCUUGGAGUAUGUGUAUGCAUACACCAAUACAGUCUCGGUAAAGAAUGUAAACGAAUCAAAUUCUCCUUGGAACAAGGAUACUGGUGAAGCUUCAUGCUGCCAUGUGGAUAGCAGUGAAACGAGGCCAUUCUUUUGAAUUGUACUUUGUAUCUUGAGCCAAUUAAUUAGCAAUGCUCCACCUGUGCUGUCUGUGCAAGAGGGAUGGCAGCAGGCUACAUGUACAUACAUGGCGAUUGGGAAGGAGAGUGCAUUGGAGCUUGUGAGAGCUGUGUGCAAGCGUUGUCCCUGUUUUUGUCAGUUCAGUUUCACUUUCUGUAAGAGGACCAGCAUUGAACGUUGGAAAAAGUUACGAGCCACUGGUGGGUCUGUCACAAAAAUGUCAUCUUUUAGAUGAAAAAAAAACCUUUUUAUUUUCUUUGCAAAGCAUACGAAAUCUAAUGAAAUACGUGUCAAGUAUUUGUUUUGCAUUUUAAAUGCAGGCACAAAUAUUGGAAUAUUUGUUUGAUCAGGUUUUGUAAUGACCAAAAUAUGACAGAGUAAAUAAAUUUGGGCAGUCACAUGACCCAGCCGUAACACUUUCUUGUUGCUUGUUACAGCGGUUCCUGGUUCAAAUCCAGCCUCCUCCCUGAUUAAUACUGUGAUUAUGUUAACCAUAAAAAUACACGUCUGCUUCACAGUGGAUAAUAAAGAUCCCCUUACAUUACCGCAAGAGUAGGCCAUGUAUGCCAGCAAUCAUGAUCCAAAAUUGUCAAAUCUAAAAAUUACCCGCAAAUUACUUUAUUUUAAUGUACAUAUCAAUCAUCAACCCCCUACUGUCAAAACCUGGCAGUAAUCUCCUUAGACUCUUUGAGGAUUUCCUGGAUAAACAAGCAUAAUAAAUAAAUAUGCAAUAGAAUUUCUCACUAUAUUCACAUUUGUUACAAUUUGGGGCACAUUUAAUCAAGUCGUUUAUGAAAUAAUAAUUUCAUCUAUUUUUGGGGGAAAUUGUUGCCAGAUGACAAGUUUUAAUUGUGAGCAGCAUUUACUUUAUGAAAACAUUUAACAUAAAAAUAGGCUAAAAGACCUUCCGCAAAGCAACACAUUGUUAUUUAAAUUGCAACCUAAAAUUGCACACAUUUUGUUUUAUGUUUUAAAUGGCAAGCAAGCGCAGGCAAUCACAACAAGUCAGGUGUAAGGCGUCUGCAUAACUGAUGUUUAUUUCACAAUGACUGGUCGUGCAGUUACGUCACCAUCAGGUUGAGGUUUUGGAAUGGAAUGACAUUCAAGUGCAGCGCAGCACAAAUUACGAUUCCAUGUGCAUGAUCACAAUUUCUGAAUUGUUGACUCCAAGCUGUUAUUGCAUUUCAACAUCUGAAGUGGGCAAUUGCAAAGUAAUGCAUUGGAAUAAAUAAACUGAUUUCUUUUCAAAUGACCUAAUAUGUAUAGACACGUGCUACUGAAGCAGGACUCCAAUAAUCUGUACUCUAAUCUGCAAAUUCCUGUAAUUUGUGGAUUAUUGACGGUUUACACCUCCCAUGAUCUGAGCCAGGAAUCCAAAAACGAUAUUUGCAUAUUUUUUGGGAGCAGGGAAUUAUCUAAUUCACAGCACGCCGUAUCGGCAGCAUCCACAGGUGAACUUGCGAGCCUUGCCGACCUAAUCCAGACAUUUUAUUUUUUGCUUAAUGGGGUCGUGCGGCUCAUUCCACUUGUUAAACAUGGCACACUAUGGCAGGUUAAAAACGUAUUUUGGUCCGUAAAUCAUAAUCCAUAGAGGUGGAUGGAACGAAUAUGGAGCUGCAGGAAUGGAAUUGGAGGGAAACGUGGAUUUAAGAUUUUAUUUGUGCAUCAUCACAGACUAGCUGUGCUGGUAUGAAUUGGUUAGUAGAGAAGAAUUCAACUUUUUUAUUACUUGGGAUCAUCAUCACAUUCCAUGGGCAGAUAACCCGUGGACAUUUGUCCACUGCAUAUUUCGUCAUUUGUUUCCACUUUCCUCAGUCUUGUGACAAUAUAUAGUAAUGAGGUCUCAUAAUUGUGACAAUAUACUCAAGUAGUGCACAUCUGUCUGGCACCAAUCUCUUAUGCCGUGAAGCCAUUCUCUGUUAGGUCUUCAUCUCUUUCGACUUAGGAUAUCGAGUCUAAUAAAAUGCAAAAUGAAUCCUUUAAUAUAGACCCAUAUGGCAAAUUUGCACCAUUUGCGGGUUAUAAAACUCAUAAUUUAGUAAUCUGCAAAUUCGUUGUGGAUUAAGUUAUCUGGUGAUUUAGCUGGCACUCACAUAUUUGCACUUCCCCUUUCAUCCACAAUUUUUUGUAAAUAAAUGGAAUCGCACAGCUCUUUCCUCCCAUAAUCUGCUGCACACCACGUCCGCGCAAACAUUAUUUUCAUGGAUUACAGGACUAACCUCGACAAUGGGCAGAGAAUUAUGUGCUCCACGAUAUGGUCCCCUCACAUCAAUGUGAGUGUUUGGAGUUCUGCUGUAUAUGCUUUACACAUAAUAAGGCUGAAUGGUAGUGGUUCGAUAUUUUUACACAAUCACAACGUUGCAAGUUCAAAUCUAGUAAAAAAUUUGGUGAUUAAUUAGUUACCACUCUGUGGGAAAUUUUAAAUUAUUGUCAUAUGGAGCACCUGGUCUCCACCGUAAUAGUAAGAUCCACAAAUGGCUCAGGCAACACAUGGUGUAUGGUACAUGUGUGUGUGUAUAGAUAUGGAGAGCAGUAGUGUUUUAUUAUUAUCUGAAUUAAUCAUGGGCCUCCCCUAGGUAGACUCGGCCUUAAAUACGUACCUUGUGCGAUGUGCAAACAGCGCCACUCAGGAGACAAAGGCUUCCAGGUGUGGUGCUGGCCACUCAACCCCUUGUUGUGUCGUGCCGGCCUUCAUAUGUGCUCUCUAACGGCACUUGUCCCAAAAGUAUGUUAAGGUUAUACAGGAGAUGUUUGCCUUUGUAUGGUUAUAUACACUUAAAUAGUACUGACAGUACUCUGUUCUUAGUGGUGACAGUCACUUCAUAUCCCAAUCAACAAAUUAAAUAUACAUACCUGGUGCGCAUUCAGCAUGGUCAUUUUUAUGGUGUCAGCGUGACUGCCAUAAUUUGCUUAAAGAAUAAUAAUUUAAUUUUACUGAAAGAUAUUCACAGCAAAUAUCAUAACUUGGAUUUCCUCAUAAUAUGUCGGUGGUUCUGAUACUUAAAUUUUGAUUGGGAAUUUUAGUCGUUCCAUGUAACUGUUGGAAAACAUUUAACAAUCAAUAUGUGAAUUUGUAUCACCGCUACGCACUGUUCAGCAUGAUUUUUGUAAUUUAAAGCAAAUUCUAUUGAUAAUAUUAUGCAUAGUCCACGUAAGUAUUUGGUCACAAGAAUUAGCUUAUUGGGAGCAUUUCCAAGACAGGUGUCUUUGAUUGGGUAGCAUGCGUACACACAUUGGCUAUUGUUGCUGCUGCUUAAACUAUCCCUCACAAAGCUGAUAUUGCGGCAAAAUUGGCCUCAAUUUGGUUUAUUGCUUCAUGUGUUGGUGGAAAUGAGCCAAUUGCAUCCUAUACUUACCCCACACGUGGCAUGGCCUUCACGAUUGGCACCUAUUCUCCUGAGACAUAGGUCAGUUUUGUGUCAGAAGCAGUCAGACUAAUUAUGCGAUGGCACACACAUAAGCUUUUGUGUCUGCUCUGGUAACAUAUCCAAAAACAUAUAUGAUAAGGCUUCUAUUUACAUUGGGAAUGCAUCCUUGGAAAACAUGACGUUAGGUGUAACAAUGUCAAUCUAAACCUAUUUUACCAUUGACUUAAUUAUAUACAUUUAGGAUGCGUUCUUGGGGAUAAUUUUUUGGUAAAGAAAAUUUUAAAAAACUAUAUAAAAUACUGUAAGUAAGAAAACAAAUAUAACAAAAGAUACAAAAACAGAUUAUGUAACAAAUUUGAAUGUAUAAGUAACAAAACAUUCAAAACAGCGUUGGAGUGGAUGCGUUUAAAAUCGAAUUACGUUCCUGAAUCCGCUGGUCACGUGACAGUGAAAAGUAAAUAAGAGCAAUGUAAAUAGAGGACUUAAUGUAUUUUUCAGAAAGUAUGUGUGCAUGAAUGCGACAUCUGAAAGGUAUAUAUGUUUAUACUUCUGAAGCAGUAAUAGCGUCUUUGCCAGUGCAAUUAUAUCCUGGUGUUUGCUCCUGGAAGGCCUUCAUGAAUCUUGUAUAAGUGAGGCUUUUCUCUCAUUGCCGUUCGGCCCCACUAACCUCACGCUCUUUUUUAACCAAACACCUGGGGCAGAGGGGAUGAAUAGUAAGGCAUCUUUAAUGGGUUUUUCUGCUAUCUUGGGCCAGUUAUUUUUUUAAAUAACCAUACAUUAUUUCCGCCAACACAUGAUUAGACGAUGAAGCUUCUAAGUGUUAUUGUAAUAUUGUCUCAAUAUUAGGAAAGAGACAUUUCACAAUCCACAAUAAGCAAAGCCAGGCUAUAAUGAAAUGUGGUCAACUUCUAAAAUGUGCGAUUUCAUUUUUAUUUAAAGCUUUCGUGACUGCAGGGAUUCAUAUUCUUGGUUCUUUCGGUAAAGUCACGUAGAAGGGAAAGAACCAAGAAUAUGUGCGAUUUCAUUUAAAAUAAUUAUUAAAAUAAUUAACUUUAAAAUAAAUGUAAAAGUAGACUUGAAAUUACACCAGUUUUUUUAAAAUCGGGAAUCUUAUGCAGUGAAGAUGUAUAUUUACAGAGAUGAAGCGUGAAUCUUUAGGCACCGGCUGUAAUUCUCAUUUUGAAUCCAAUUUCUUUAUUACAAUGUAAUGAAGAGUGUGCACAUUCCAGGCUUCGAAGGCAAAGUGAAAAUUAUGGUGCUAUUUUAAAACUAUCCGUUUUAAUUACAGUGAAUUACAACGAAUUAUUUCGUGAUAACCAAUAACAUUUUUUAUGUACACUACAUUUAAAAAUACUUGGUGUAUAUUUUCAAACAAUUAUGUCCAGCCCUAAAUUAGAUAUUACCAUGAAUUGUAAUUGUCCUAUGGAGAGAUUGGCUCCCAUCAUGGGAAAGACAUUUUUACCACUGAGUCAGAACAUCCAACAAGCUAAUUGUUGGGGAAAAUUCACAUUUUGCGUUCAUUCAACAAUAACUUUUUUCAUAAAUGCACAUGUUUUGGGUAUCAUAUAUAAUUAUACUGGAUUUCUAUGCAAGAGGUUUACAUGCUUAAAAGAUUGGGACAGACAGCCGAGGUCCUUUGUUAUCAUCUGCCCACAGCAUGGACGAGCUGCAGACACUUCGAGUGCUGCUAUAUUCCUAAAAGUUCUGACAUGCCAACUUACAGAAUUGACUGAAGUGACCCAUGGCUCAACUUCAAGAGAUGGGUAUUAGUGAGUUGAUGAAGACCUUGUUCAUGAGUGCUCUAUAUUGAGCACUGUUUGUGCUAAUAUGCUGGUCCCUUAACACCUUUCUGAUAAGGCCAAUGACAUCAACAUUUCCCUUAUUAAGAUAAUGUCAUCUAUUGAAACUCUUGAUGUACUUUGAAGUUAGACAAUCCUUUCAAAGGGAACCUUGCCUACAAACCAUUCCAGGAUAUCCUUUAAUUUUGAGCAUGCUGAAGCCAUGACAUUAUUUUGUUCUAGAUUGAGUGAAGUGCAUUUCAGGCAUUUUCUACAAUAGCUUCAUAUGAUGUAAACCAGACCUGUAAUUGUGACCUUAUCUCACAUGAUGCCCUGAUGAGGUUUUAUUUAAAAAUGUGCUCAAUCAUUCUAUAAUGAGAUACAUUACAUUUGACCACUGUCAGUGCCCACUGCAUUGCUUUAAGUCAUUCUGCACAUGCAAAUAUAAAAGCAUUUUCUUGUUGAACACUAGCAUCAUGUAACAAUUUGUAAAUGGAUUAUUUUAAAUGCAUUAUAAGUACCAUGUCUUAUCAAAGAAAGCAGGUCCCAAUAAUUGUUUAUGGUUUAACAGGAUUGUCAGGAAGCGGUCACUUGCACCUCCGAUUUGCAUGGUUGGCUAUGUACGGUGCAAAAUAAAUGUAACAUACAAUGGUGGUAAAUACCUAUCAUGAUCCGAAUACUCUUGAUCCCUGUUAGGUGCCAGAUGCGAAUUUCACAUUCAUGCCUGUGUCAUCCAUAUGAUGUGUUAUCACUCAAUGCUGUUUACAUCUGUUUUAAUUGAAGUGUGUUAGCCAGUGUGCAUUUUCGCCAGUGUGCAUUUUCUAAUGAGCAAUGGGCUCGUUGCUAAGACUCGAAUCAGAAAAAAACUAGGAAGGGGAACAAUAACAACUCCGUAUGCUUCGUUGCAAAACUGAAAUACCAAUCCUGCAAUUCCCACAGUCGGAAAUAAUAUUGCUGCUUGUUAUUUAAUCUGACAGUGCUGUUAUUUACAUUUCUGAUAGGUGACGAAACUGCACUGAAGUGCAAUUGAUUUUUCAGUUAGAAUUUGUCCUUUCUGGCAACAAUACUUUUAACAAUGUAAAAAUAAAUUGAACGUUUGUAUUAUCUUUCUGUUGUUAGAACGGCAAACUGCUGUAAACAUGAGUUAAUUCAAAUGUAUUCUUCCUAUACGGUGUGAGAUGUAUUGUGCAUACAUGCUCAGUAUGUAUUGUGCUGAUUAUAUCAAAUAAGUGUCACGCAUGAAACUGUUUCAAUUGGCUCAAUGAUUUACGUAUUUCAUGCAAUAUUUUGUAACCUAUUCCUUAGUAUGUUGGCACAAUGCUAAAACAUGACAAAUUGCAAAUAUUAAAGAUUAAACUUUACUCUGCAAAGUAAAGCCAUUGUGGUUGAAAAAAAUAGAACCUGGUUAAGAUAUAAAUUUAAUGAGGCCCAAGGGUAAUAAAUGCUCGAAAUAACGUUGAAUGAUUAUAAUUUAUAGCCUAAUAACAUGUGACGUGAAGAGAAAAUUACAUGUGUAAUAUUUUUGUGACGUGUUACUGUUUUUUUUCAGCAUAUGUCAUGUUGCCACUUAUAGUGGCUGGGUUCCAGAACAACGUGGAUCAUGAAUAUAUAUGAAGUGGCCCUAAAUGUGUCAGCCAUGUUUAUGUGAAGAGGUCAACUUGAAUCUGUCAUUUUUGAAUUAUAAUUUUGUAGCAUUAUAAUAAUGCUUGUAUUUGAUAUAGGAUGUAUAUGAGUGCAUACAUUCAUCAUAUUUUUAAAGUAUGUAUAUGUAAUGGUGAAUUUUUUAAAAACUGGGGACAUUACUUGACUCCAUCCAUCCAAGGAAAACAUAACCACCUUGGAUUUACAAAUCUCCCACAACAGGUGUGGUGCUAUAUUUUUGCUAAUGAAAGUGAUUGUGGUACACAAUAAAGCUCCAGAUUACUGGUUA